AUGGUUCAAGCAUGGUUUAUGGAUUCCUCUGAUGAGGACCAGAGACUUCCACAUCAACUGGAUCCUCCACAGCCUGUCUCACUAGAGGAUCUGAAGAACUGUGGAGUAUUGUACUGGAAGGUAUGAAAUUUAGUGCAGGAUUGCUGUGCAAGAGGUCGCAAGUUCAAGGCCUGUACUAGUUCAAUAUUUAGGGUCUUAAAAUAACCCAGGAGAAUGUGUUAUGACAUCUGCAUGAAAGAUCAACUGCUGUUUUAUCUUGUAGCUGGAUGCGAAUAAUUUUGAGAAGGAAGGAAAACUGGCAGAGAUUCGUGAAGAGAGAGGCUAUUCGUACAGUGAUUGCAUUACAUGUACUCCAGAGAGGCUACCUAACUAUGAGCAAAAGGUAGGAGUCUUUUCAGGUGGAUAAAUAUUUCCUUUGGCUAAAUUUUCAUCCAAGUAGAGCCAUUUAGUUAGCUCUACAAUUGAGACCUGGUCGGGUCACUCUGUGGUGUUCUUGGUUAAACACUUUAUUCUCACAGUGCCACUCCACCCAGAAGUAUAAAUGGGUACUGGAAAAUUGUCAGGGAAGUCUAAUGAAAUGUUGGGGGGGGGGGGUAAAAUUGUCGUGCACUGGCAUCCCAUCAGGAGGGAAGUAAUAAAAAUUCUUCAUCAAUCUAUGCCAAGGAAACUGGGAUUAGCUUCCCCUGGAUGAUCCACAUGGGUCUGAACAAACUGUACCUUUUUUAUAUUACUUUAAGACAACUACAAAGCAAUAACUUAUUGCUUAUUGCUUAAAGGCAAUCAUAGGAAUUUGUAUACUAACAAACUGUUGUUUAUUACAAAUUUUAUGCAGAUCAAGUCAUUUUUUGAAGAGCAUCUUCAUACUGAUGAGGAAAUACGGUUUAUUAUGGAUGGCAGUGGCUACUUUGACAUAAGGAAUUAUGAUGACAGGUGGAUUCGCAUCUUUGUUGAAAAAGGUGAUCUGAUCAUUCUUCCUGCUGGAAUUUAUCAUCGUUUCACUUUGGAUGACAAAGUAAGUUCAGUGUCUGGCUUGAGUGUACACAGCAUAAAAAAGAACAUGUGUAUGAUAGAAAAAAUAAGCUGGUGGCAGAAACCUGCCUGCUGCAGACCAUUCUGCACCAAAUACUUUGUGAAUUUUGAUCAAAGACAAAAAGUCAAUAAUAUUGAACUGACUCUAACAUCAAAGAUAACUCAAAUAUGUAUGAGAAUAAUGGAAAUGAUCACCAGGGAAGGAACCUUUUGAUUGGCAAACAAAUUCUCGUUGUCAGUACCUUAAUAAAUGUAUAAAGAACCAUGUGGAGAAUUCUUAUACUGAUGUUAGGGUGUAAAGGGUUUUAAAAAAUAUGUAUCUCUUUUGUUCUUAUUUUUUUUUUCUCUACAGAACUACAUCAAAGCCAUGCGGCUGUUUAUUGGUGAGCCAGUUUGGACUCCUCAUAACAGGCCAGCGGAUGAUCUCCCAGCACGCUCUGAGUACCUGAAAAACAUACAGGCUGGAAUAUUUUCAAAAGCCUAAAAAACAAACCUGUCAGCUUUUCAAGGGAAUUUGAAUUAGAAAAUGGAGCUGGUAUUAAUGGAGGGACUUUCUAGACCUUAGGAUCAUAACUGUAGAAAACACUUCAUUUAUUUAAGGGACGCGAUCAUUUGCUAUAGAAGUUCACAAUGAACACAUGUUGGAAACACCUUUCACUUGUUUGUGAUUCUCUGUGUUUUCCUAUGAAGUUUAAGGUUGGUUAUGCUGUAGCGUGUUGGUUAGUUUGUUCAGGUCAUUAUUUUGUGUUAUGGGAAAAAUGAUUUUACUCUCAUAAUGCCCCUGUGAAACUGUCUAGAAGUCAAUUGUUCAACAUACAUUUAUUUUAAUGUGGUUUUAAAAAAAAUGGUAAUUGUGAUUUGAGAAACUCUCGUCAGGGUUCAAG